AUUUUGUUGCAGUUGUUUUGUUUUGAGUCAUAUGCUCACGUGUUCGUUAGUGCAUUUUUAUAUUUGUUAUUUUACCUGUGAACAUGCUGGACGUAAGUGAGGAACAGAUUUCGAAGAUUGGGGAUGUUUUGAAGGAUGAAAAUCGCCCGUUGAAGGAGCGUUUUCGAGCGCUUUUCACGUUGAGAAAUAUCGGUGGACCAAAGGCAGUGGACGCAAUAAAUGUAGCUUUUGCAGAUCCAUCGGCUUUGCUAAAACAUGAACUUGCCUAUUGUUUAGGACAAAUGCAAGACAAAUGUGCUAUUAACGUACUUGUUAAAGUACUCGAAGACACAAAUCAAGAACCAAUGGUCAGGCAUGAGGCAGCUGAAGCACUAGGUGCCAUUGGCUCCAAAGAAACACUGGAUAUCCUCAGAACAUAUUUGACAGACCCAAUUGUUGAGGUUAAGGAAACAUGUGAACUGGCUUUGGAGAGGAUCCAGUGGUUGCAUGGUGGUGAAAGUAUUGAAUCUUUAAGCCAGAAUAUUUACAAUUCAGUAGACCCAGCACCACCUGCUUCAACCACAGAUGUUACUGAGUUGAGGCAGAUACUCUUGAAUCCAGAUGUUACUCUAUUCAACAGGUACAGAGCCAUGUUUUCACUGCGAAAUAUUAAUUCAAAGGAAUCUAUUGCUGCACUCUGUGAGGCUUUGAAACAUGGAAGUGCACUAUUCAAGCAUGAAAUUGCCUUUGUACUGGGUCAACUGCAAGAUACCAAUACUGUCCCCCAUCUCACAGAAUCCCUAAGGGAUGUACAGGAGAAUGAAAUGGUCAGGCAUGAAUGCGCUGAGGCGCUUGGCGCAAUUGCAACUCAAGAAUGUUUGGAAGUUUUGCAAGAGUACUUAAAAGACUCCAAGAGAGUCGUCAAGGAGAGCUGCGAAAUUGCUUUGGAUAUGUGCGAGUAUGAAAAUAGUCCCGAAUUUCAAUACGCUAAUACAUUGAAAGUUGCCUAAUGUCUUUUAUAAUAAAACAUGAAAAUGUAAAUAACAUAUUUUUAAAUUAAACAGCUUUAUAAUACACUCCAAAAUACUUAUAUACAGUUU